CCCUCGCCGGCCGGCGCGCCGAUGCCGCCCACGUUCGCCUCGCCCAGCGCCGCCGCCAAGCUCGGCGCCGGCCCGCACCGCAGCACGAUGCGUCUGACGGGCCCGCUGCCCAGUCUGAUGCAGCUGCCGUGCUCGAGCGACCGCUCGACGUCGGGCAUGACGCCCACGACGCCCAUGGACAGCCCCGGCCUGCACGUCGGCAUCAACGCCGCCGCGCCGCGCGUGCACCCGCCGACGGCGCGACAAGAGCUCAUGCGGCUGCCUCCGCUGCGCCCUCGCGGCCCGUUCGAGGGCCCUUAGACUCGCCACCACCUUUUCGGACGCCCCUUUUCACGCCAUCACAUCUGCUUGCGCUUCUCAUCAAGUGAUCCUCUCGCAUCUCUCCCCAUGGGUCUUGGUCAUGCCAGUCACCGGUCCGGUCAGACAGCUCCCUCUCUCACCUUACUACCCCCCCUACCCUGGCUCUCCCUCUCCCACGCCAUGCCUUCGCGACUUGUUCGUCCGUCGGCGUCGCGUGCGUGCGUCAUACGACUUCCCCUAUCCCCCCCUCAUCACGACUCGCUACACUGCCACUCUACUACUCCCCCCUACCUGUUUCGUCCCCCCUGCCCCGCUCUGUUCCUGCCGUGCUAUUCUGUGCCCCCGCUGCUGCCUCUUCCCUGACGACCCGCGCGCGUCGUGCUGUACUACCUCCUUACUGCUAUUCGGUGCUCUCACCUCGUCUCGCUUCUUCUCGCGCACAUCGGCCCACCUAAAAUGCAAUCUGCUC